UAAACGUCCAGUGUGCGCGUGCUGGCGCGAGAAGAGAAAGUCAGUUGACUCCUUGGCGAUCGCAGAAAAUAUAAUAUCCGCGCUAAGGUUUUUAAUAAACCGAGAGUCGGGUAAUCAAGACGGGCGUUAAAAAAGCUUUGUUGUUUUAACGGUGGCAUUUUACGCGCGCUUAAAUCACACUUCGUAAGCUUUAGCGACGACUGUACUCCUUUUCGAGUGCUGCUGCUGCUGCUGCUACUGCUGCUGCUGCUGCAUGCGUCGUCAAAGCGGAAGGGCAGAAAAAAAGUGGAGGGUGAAAGAGGGCGUUAAAGUUGAGCGCGAGGGCUCGCGACGGUAAGAGGAAAUUGUUUUGUUGUGCGCGAUUGUCGUCGUCGUCGUCGUCGUCGUGUGGCUGAAGUGGACAAAGCGCGUUAUGGCGCAUGAAAAAACUUCAGCUGCAGAGAGAGAUAAAAAGUUGAGAAAUAUCACAUGUAAAGAUAUAUAUUCAAAACAGUUAUUUCGGUACACACUUUUUUCUGAGACAACUGUUUCAUUUCUGCGAAUGGUACAAGUGUUUAUUACGACCUUUGUCAGGUUUAGAUUUUCAGAUAAGGAAAAAGUCUGAUAUUUGGACCGGACUUGGAGAAGACAUAAAAAAAGGAAAGCACAAAAGGGAAAAAUGGACCCCGACUGUGAGACUAUUAGCGACAAGAUCAGAUUAUAAUCAAAUAAUCGGAAAUAAACGAAGGUUGUAAUAUUCAGUUACUGAAGAACUUCUUAUCCUGAAGAAAGGUUCAGAUUAGGCAUUUCACUAUGAGAGAAGAUGAUAUAUUAAGCAAUUUAAAUAAGUACUUUGGUUAUGAGGCUUUUCGACCUGGACAGUUGCCUAUCAUUCUCAAAAUUCUCGAGAAAAGAGAUGUGAUUGUUUGUAAAGAAGCUGGCUUUGGAAAAUCAUUAUGUUUUCAGUUGCCUGGUAUAAUGAGAGAAGGACUUGUCGUGGUUUUCAGCAGUUUGCCAUCACGUAUAGAACGAAAAUGUCAGGAAUUAUCAUCAAAAAAAUUUUUAUCAUUCGUUUUGCAGCUAAACUGUGCCUACUUGAACAAAAUUAUGUGUAAUAAUCAAUCGAUUUCUCAAGACCUUAGAAAUGUUAUAGAGAGUAAGAAUAAAUUUUGGGAUGAUUUACGAUCUAUCAGAACUUCAGGCCUCAAAUUUCUAUAUGUAACUCUCAGUCAUUUCAAAAAUUCAACUAAAUUGAGAGAGGUACUAGAAGAUAUUUAUAGGAAAAAUAUGUUGCAAGCUAUAGUCAUCGAUGACAUUAAUUAUACUUACCAAUGGCUUUCCUCGUUCAAACGUGAUUAUUCAAAAUUAGGUUUACUUAGAGAAAUAUAUCCGAAUACCGCUUUUUUGUGUUUCAUUGGGCCUACGAGUCAAGAUAAGUUUUUCAUAGUGAAAGAUACCCUACAUCUCAAAAACCCAUACAUGCUCAACGAGCCUUCUACGAUGAUCAACCUUUCUUAUCAGGUAAUGUACAUGGAUGAAAGCAUACCCACUUUAAAAUUGAUUCAGUUUAUAAAGGAAUCUUAUCAUGGAAAGUCUGGGAUAAUAUAUUGUUUCAAUAAGGAUGAUUGCCAAACAUUAGUUGAAAAUCUGAAAAUAAAUGAUAUUUCAAGUAUACUUUACACAUGUGAAUUAACAGACAAGCAAAAGGAUUGGAUAAAAUACAGAAACGCAGACGGGAUAGUGAUAGUUUGUCUUUCUGGAUUACCUGUAGAUUUGAGCUUAAUAAAAAUUGAUUUCACCGUGCAUAUGCGCAUACCCAUUGCCUUAGAUAUUUACAUUGAAGAAACUAGUAAAGUAGGAAAAUAUGGCACUGAAAGAAAUAAUAUCGUGCUCUAUAGUAAAACUGAUUCACAAUAUCAUCUUAACUUGAUGACUAAUCCCUUCAAAGAAAAAAUAUCUAAAGCUAUAGAUAUUGAAAUAAAAAGUUUACUGUUAGAUGAAUUGAGAGUUUAUAGACAGGAAUUGUUUGAAGUGAUUUUAUUCGCAGAAAAUCAGUCGAUAUGUCGUCAAGUAUUAGUGCUAAAGUAUUUAAACGACGAAAACGUAGUUGAACCUUGCGGAAUAUGUGACGUGUGUCUUGUUAUGACAGAGUCUUUUGUCAUUGAUAUGUCAUAUUCCUUGAAAAAGAUAUUGAUGGCUAUAUGGGUUAUCAAUAGAUCUCAAAAUGGUGUUAAAAGCGAUAACUUUAUUUUUGCUGGCAUCACGUUUCUUAUAGAUGUAUUAUUAGGACGUAUGGGCGAAUCGAUGAAAAUCUUUACAGGUCAAUUAUCUGAUAAUUGGAUUUUCGGAUUAUUCGGUUCGUGGGAUUCAAACAUAUUGUAUAUACUGAUUAUUGUUCUAUUAAUACAAAAGUUUGCGUCAGUUAAUCUUGUAGCCAACGAUGAGUUUGCCGUUCAUCAAAAUUUAGUCAUUACUAAUAAAGGUAAACAAUUUGUCGAAACAACACACGAGUUUGGUAUUCCAUUUUCAUGCAAAGAUGUGAAGAUCACUAAAUGGUUUGAUAUAAAUUGGGUCGAAAAUCAAUUUAUAAAAGAUUUAAAAACAAUUAUAACUUAUUAUUACAAAAGUUAUAAUCUUGAGCACGAUUAUUAUUUCCACAAUUACUGUAUCCAUUUGAUUUCUAUGGUGCAAAAUACAGAAGAAGUAACACUAACAAAGCUUAAAAAAUAUAAGUUUCAGCCUGAUGAAAAUCAAUUACACGGAUACGACCGUGACUUGUUUAUUAGUUGCUUAAUGUAUCAUCGCAUCCUCACAAGCUUAAAGAAUGGAGUUGGGAACAAUAAAGCAACGUAAAAAACAGCAUCGUGCGGAACAUAACAAUUACGUAUUACAAUCUCUGAAGGGAUUUAACGACGAUGAAGUACAGUACCAAAAACUCAUGAAUUCACGAUAUAAUUAUAUGAAAAAAUGUUCAUCGCCAGCUGCUGAGAUCGGUAUUCACUUAAUCGAUGCUAUAAGUAUAGAAGAUUCAUCGACGAGAGCUGAACCAGUUGCGAAGUCUGUUUUGAGUCAAGAAACAUUCAAAAGUUCAGAAAAAAAAAUUGAUAGAAAUUUUGAAGUUAUCAAUGUCAGUGAUUAUAGAACAUAUGACGAUGCUGUCAAAAAUAGACACAGAAAUACAGAACGAAAGAUUGUUGCACGAACGGAGAUGAAGAACAAUGAAGUUUAGUUUACUAUCAUUUUGUUCCAACAAUCUGAUUGAUUUUUGAACGUUUUACGUUAGUUUUUAGUUAUUAUUUGACUACUUGUUUUAUUUGAUCAGACAGUAUGAAUUAUCUAGGACAAUCAGAUAUUGUAUAGUCGCAAACACAAUAUUUGUCAAAGUAGUUGAAAAAGAGAAUUAAAAAUCUGCGAGAUGGGGAUCAGCUUUAUGUAUUGGAAGUUUCUUUUACUUUUCUGAAAAAAAUAUUUCUAUUAGUGUAAGAAUGUAGUGCAGUCACCAUAUCACAUGCUGAUAUCUGUAUCUAAAAGUGAUUUUAUACCUUGAAAUUUUUAAUGCUUUAAUUUGAAUUGUUAUCCUAUCCAAAUGUUGUCUCAGAUAUUGUGACUCUAACGAUCGACAGUGAAUAUACUGCAUUUUUGAAAAAUCCGACUGUGUCUUGAGAUUAUAAAUGGAAAUUCAUUGCAAAGCUCCAUUGAUCCUCUUACAGCCAACGCCGCUGAUCCCCAAGUGACAUUAUCAUAUUGUCCUUGUCAUCGUCUAUGUUGCCGAGGGAAAGAAUCCGUUGGAUAAUGAUCGAGUAACUCGCUUUUCCGUAUUCUCUUGUGGGCGGUGUAUGUUUGUCGGCAAUAUAGGCAUGGUAUCGCAUUAUCGAAAAUAACAUAAUAUCGUGCAUAAUAUAGAUAGCAGUUUAUUUUUAUUGUGUAUUUAUCAGAUUGCAAAUGAAGAAACCAUGGACAUUUACUUUCUUUUUCAUUUGCUUAAUGUGAUUGGUUUUUUCGUAAACGAGAUUUACAUACACGCUCACAGUUCGUCGAAACCGUGUUAAA